CUGUGGUCCACCGAGGCACGUGAGGGCGCUGUUUGCUCGACUCUGACGCUCGUUUUCACACAGUAUCGACGAGGAAAUGAAGAUGGCUGCAACCAUAAAGGCAACUGGCGGUGUCGAAGAUGUCAAUGUCACUUUCGAGGACCAGCAGAAGAUCAACAAGUUUGCCAGGAGCACGAAUCGAAUGACAGAGUUAAAAAAAGAAAUUGAGUCAAAGAAGAAGUCACUGCAGAACUUGCAGGAUGCCAGCGACGACCUAAUGAUGUUUGACGACGACUCGUUGUUGAUCCCUUACCAGAUCGGUGACGUCUUCAUUAGUCACACGCAGGAAGAAACGCAAGAGAUGCUGGAGGAUGCCAAGGAAGCGUUGAAGCAGGAGGUCAAAGGACUUGACGAGAGGGUGUCGGCCAUCCAGCAGCUGUUGUCGGAUCUGAAAGUGCAGCUCUACGCUAAGUUCGGUAACAACAUCAACUUGGAGGCGGAUGAAAGCUGAGCUGGGACUUUUUCUGCAAACCCAGUAUGGACUUUGACAGAACAUUUGACACACAAGCAGGAGGUCUAGUUGGACCCGCCCUGCGAUGUUACCACCAAGAACCACAAGGACAACGAUAAACAAUGGGAAGAAAGCAGUGAAUUAAUAAAUGCCUUUCAAGUGUA